ACGGAUCGUUCCACUCAACAUCACGGCGGACCUUACCACAGGAUCCAGACACGCCUCGCAAUUAACCGUCAGUGAGACUGUUGUACUUCGCGCAGUCAACAUGCCGCUGUGGCCGUUCCGGCGCAAGAGCCGCCGAAAGCGCGGUCGGACGAGCACGAUAGACGAGGAUUAUGGAGGACAAUUAGAAGGUUCCAUCCUCCCACCUAGGAGUCAAACAAUGCCGGAAGUCGCCAUGGCCCGUGAUACCCCUACACCGCAUCGACAGCCGAGCAAAAGACAGCGGACCGAGCCCAACAAGUUACAUCGCAGGCGCCGAUCUUACAGCUUCUCGCCCGGCCGGGACGACUCUGAGCGUGUGAGUCGGAAGAUUAGCACCGACCAUCCUAGAGGUGUCAAGCUGGACAGUGGCGCGGGCGCCGCGGAGGACGGGAUGCUAUGGCGUGUGCCCACGCUUCGCAACAAGAGGGACGGCGAUCACCUGCCGCGAAAAAUGUCAAGCAAGAAGCGGCGGAAGCACGACCAGCAACGCGAGGCCGAGAUCAAGGCUAUGAGCAGUUUCGUACCCCACCGACCUGCCACCGAGGAUUGGAUGCUCGGGCGCCCGUUGAAAAAGGAGACCAGGAAGGUUAAGACAGGCUUUGGGGGUGGCCUCAGGGUAGCCGACAACGACAGCUUCAACCGCUCGUCAGAUGUAUCGUUGCCUCUCCCCGAAUCCAUCGACUCGGCCCUGUCUUCCGACUCGGAUUAUAUCGCUUUUAAAGUCUCGGCGCUCGAGGCGCUUGCCCCCCGCCCAACUCUCCGCUACAUCGCUCAGCCAAGGCCGGGCGCCGGUGUCCUUGAUAGUACGGGGCUGACGAGGCGGCCGUCUCCGCGGGGAAAGAAGCUCGCUACGCCAAUUCCCGAGGCGACGCUCAAGGCUCACAAGCGGGUCGAUAGCAUCGCAGACGAGCUCAGCGCGAGCGACCUUAGAGAACUCAUGGAACGAGACCAGCGGAGGCGGGCAAGGAAGAGACAGCUGGAGCAGGAGAGGCUGGAACAAAAGCUCGCCAGGCGAGCGGAGAAACAGAAAGCAGCCGAAGCCGAGGCCCAGAGACACGGAAGGGAAUCGCCUCCAAAUCUUGAGAGGGGAGUCCUUGGUCGGGAAGAUGUUGGCUUGGGCAUCGAUCCGUCUUCUGCCGUGGUCACGUCUUCGAGAAUACGCCAUUCAGGCGAGACCAGCAAACAGCCAAGCGGCCGCCCUGACAACGAUGAUGAGGUUGUGCGGGAGGACACCCGGCGAGACCCUCUGGCGGCCUUCCACCGAGUCGACAGCAUCCCGAUGCAGAUUCAGGACGGCCCGGCUGAGUCUAAGGAACACGGUACGCUACCCGCCGCGGGCGCUAUGUCGAAGGGAUCGAUCGGAUCGAUCCGCAGAAGGUUGUCACGGCCCAAAUCUCACCAGCCAUCAGAGGCAAAAACCGAACAAUCCGAGCUGCCGUCAAAGGAGUCUGAUGCUGGCACGCCAACCAAAGGAACCAGAUCGUGGGCCUCGUUCUUCAGGUGGGGUAACAAGAACAAGCGUAGCUCGGGAGGUCCGUCCUCGUUCUCCAACACAUCGCGGGACUCGAUGCAAACGAUGCAGGCACCGACGCCUCCUCCUAGCCUCCUACUACCACGGCGUGUGAGUUCAAAAGUGCCAAAACGGACAAUGUCCCGAUUCCGCGAGGAUCUACCAGAGCUGCCCAUUUCACCUCCAGCGUCCCGAAUCCAUUCACCAGAAGCAGAGGCAGUCCCUUCCCCAAUCGAGCCGCCUCCUGGCUUACCCAGCGGCACCAAUCGAAGGCCCCCCUCAUUAUCGACUUUCCGGGCAAGACAUGACACCCCGUUAUCCGAACAGGUGUCUGUUGAGGCAAUGCGCCAGACGCCAUCCACUUUCAGCCACCCGGACGAGCCUGGGGUUUCGCCAGAACCUCAAGCCACAUCGCUCGCCUCUAUCGAUUCUGAGGGCUCGUGGUUUUCGGGGAAGCUGUCGAAAAAGAGAAACCUGUCCGGUACGCUGGAGCAAACACCAAGCCCACGGCAACCUCGACACACGCCGGAAUCGGACAUGGAACGGCAUCAAGAACACGAUACCAAUAACGACGAUAUGUACAUCACCGAGGAUGAUUACCUUGCACGGCUCGCGCCCCCGCACGGCGACCGGUCCGCAGGAAAUCGCAAGUCUACCGGGGAAGCAAGGCCGUCGAGCGACUGGGAAGAGCCACAGUGGGGCAGUGUCCGGGGUCAACAACCCACGGUUGUGCGUCCGCGCACUGCCGCCCGCAUAAAGAGCCGCGAAGGUCUGCUCAAGGCGUUUGGCGAGGACGAUGAAAGCAUCCUCCAGCCAGCGGACGCAGCCGACAGUAGUGACGCAGGCGAGGAGGUCGGAGUGCAGCGAGCGACGAGUGUGGACUACGGAAAGGCUGCACGACGAGUCAGCGCCGGAAGCGCACGGUUGCUGUCGAUCACUCCCCGCUCAUCGAUCGGCUGACUCCAAGCACCCGACGGUGGGAGCUGUUGGUGAGUCGUGGGGUUGCAAGUGGGAAGAAACGCGCAUGUGAAGGUAUGAUUUGGCUGAUCCCGAGACAUUACACUCA